GUGUUUUUAAUGGAGGUACAGGUGAUCCAACCCAGGACCUCAUGCAUGCUAAGCACACACUCUACCACUGAGCUAUACCCUUCCCCUCACCUCCUGCCUUCUUUUAAUGUAAAAACCCUGAGGCCUGAGAGGGGUCCUGAUGCUUCCCUCCAGAGUAGAGGGGUCUUAGCCUGGGUGUGUCCUUCCCCAACCUGACUGCCUGGGAAGCCUUGUCCUUUGGGAGGACUUCUCCUUGGAGAGGAGUGGGGAGGUUUCUCAAUAUCCAUCCGGGUCUAAUAGAGACCAAACCCCAGACCUGAUUCCUGGACAAUGACUUCCCUGCAGCGGUGUCCAGCCAGAGGCCAAGAUGUCCUCAGUGGGGAAGGUGACCCAGAUUCCCUGUGGGAAAGUCUACCAGCAGAUCUUUGAGGCAGAGGUGCGGCUGGUCUGUUCCCUGGCAGCCACCAGGAAACGGGCUGUGGAGCGGUCCAUGACCCCAAAGGAUGGCAGGAAGCCCUUGAUGAAGAAAACGGAUAUUUAUGAAGGAGAGAUGAUAUCUCCUCGGCAGCGGAAAUGGAUGCACAGCCUACCCAAUGAUUGGGUCACCGAAAACCCUGUUCUCUACAGAGAAAAGGAAACAGCCAAGAAAGAAAAAGCACGAGAGAGUGAGAACACCAUUGCUGCCCGAGAAGUGCGGGGCCUCACAGACACCAUUGUUCCCGAGAGGAUCAGCACCGUCACCCUUCAAGGGCGAGAAGACUACAAGAGAAAGGGCUAUGAAAGUGCGCUGGGGAGCUUUAAGGAGGAGAUCGCUCAGAUUGGGAUGGAAAUGGAACCUCUCAUUUUGGAGCCAGGAGUGCUUUUUUUAAAGAAGCUGGCUGACUCUGAUGAAGACAUCAACUGUCUCUUCAAAAAGGUGGAAAACGACAGCAACCUUGAAGACUACACCAUCCAGACCCUGUUGGAGCUGUGGAAUCAGGUGGCCGAGAAGUUCCGGCUCCAGAAGCAGGAGAUUAAGGAGCUGGACGAGACGCUGCACUCUCUUGAGUUCUCCCGGGCAGAUAAACUAAAAAGCGUGUUGAAGAAAUAUGUGGAAAUCAUAGAGAAAACUUCCUACCUCAUGCAGCCCGACGUGUACAGGCUGAUAAAUAAAGAAGCCAUGGUCAUAAACCACGCCCUGCUGGGCAACCGGAGGGCCCUCGCCCAGCUGUUUGUCAACCUGAUGGAGGCUGCGCUGCAGCAGGAGCUCGACAGCCACCGGCGCUGGCAGAGCCUGGUCGAUUCCUGGAAGGCCCUAAAGAAGGAGGACCUGGUCCGGGGUUUCAGUGAGUUCAUGGCCAGUGAGAGGAUCCAGGCUCCUCCAGCUGUGAAGAAGGAACUGGAGAGCAUGCUAAAGAACCAGAGCACCCUGCAGCAGAAGCGGCUGGAACAUCUCUGCACCAUCUGUGACCUCCUGCCCCCCAAUUACAGCAAAGCUCAGCUAAUGGAAUGGCGUUCUUCUCUCAACUCCCUGAAUAAGCACCUCGAUGCCUACCACGUAGACUGCAUGAUGCAGAUCCGCUUGCAGUACGAGAAGACCUGGCAGGAGUGCCUGGCCCAAGUGCAGAAGUGUAAGCAGCAGCUGCUGGACUGGAAAGCCUUCACUGAGGAGGAGGCCGAGGGCCUGGUGAGCCUGUCCUUCUUCCAGAUGGUGGGAAGUCUCCAGAGCAAGGUGGAGGAGGAGCUGGAGGUCUUGGACAAAUCCUUUGAGGCCGUGGCAAAGAAGGCAGAGUGGCAGAGCUCAAAUCUCUUCAGCUACUUCCAGGAGGCUGUGCAGCUGUGGGAGGCACAUCAGGGCAUGCUGUUGAUGCAGGAGCUGGAGCUCGAGAAGCGGAUGGAUCAGCAGAGGCGGAAGCACAGCCAGGAGAACCAGGCCCAGGAGGCUCACCUCGACAAGCUCUUGGACCAGCUGAGGCAGCAAAGCAAUGAGAAUACCCUGAAGUUUCACCUGGAAAAGGCCAAAGAUCUUCUGAAGAAUAUGAAAUACAGGUAUGAGAGUUUCCAUGGCCUCCUGAUGAAGGAAGUGAUGGAGUACCCAGCGGUCAUACUGAAGGAACUCAACUCCUACAGCUCCGCCCUCAGCCAACACUUCUGCGUCCGUGAGAUCUUUGAACAGAACUUGAAUGGGGAAGUCUUUUUCCAAUUGAGGGAACCAGAACCACAUGCAAAGGACUUCCAGGAGAGAAUGAGAAAACUGAGGAGAAAACAGAGAGCUAAAGCAGCCAGGAGCAAAGGUGAGGAGAGCGUAAGUAGGGGGACGAGUUCCCUGAGGCCAGCAGAAGAGACAGAAGAAGAAGAUCAAGAAACUGAGUCCUCCACAACUCAAGACGCGGUAGUGAGACCACAGGAAAAGUCUGUCCUGAGUGAAGAGUUGGAGGAAUCCAGGGAGGACUCUAUUCUAGGAUUAGAAGAAAUGCAAGUUGAAAAAGACAGCUCCUUAAAACCAGCCCUGAGCCAGGAAAAUGUGAUGGUUCAAGAAGAAGAGAAAGAGGAGGAAGAGGAGCAAGAGGAGCAAGAGAAGAAGGAAAAGGUGGAGGAGAGAGAGGAGGAGGUGAAUGAAGAGGAAGAGGAGCACGAGAAGGAGAAGGAGGAGGAAGAAGAAGAGGAGGAAAAGGAAGACCACGAAAGUUCACCUGUGGAUGAGGUCAAAGCCCAGGAAGAGAGUCUACAGGACAUGGAGUCCUUCACAACCUCCAGUGGGAAUACUUACUUUGUCUUCCUACCCCUGGAACAAGAAGACAGUAGCAAGAGACCCCAUUCCACCCUUUCUGCCAUUCUCUUCAGUGACGCUUCCAGUGCCGAGGCCCUAGGACAAGCAGUCAUUCCGCCCAGACUAGUUUUAGAAAUUAAGAAACAGCUUCGAACUGGCUUCUUUGAACACUUAGAAAAGUGGUUUGACCAAUGUGCUGUCAACACCCGUGUCAUCGUGGCCACCAAGAUUGAUGAGCUGGAUUCAGAACUGGAGCUGCGUUUGCACCUGCACCAGCCAAGAGCCCAGCAGAUUGAAAAGGACAUCCACAACGUCAGAGCAGCUGAGCUCUUGCUUCAUCAAGAGCGACUGGACACCCACUGUGCGGGAGUGAUGGAGAUGCUGAGGAAGGAGACGGUGAUGUUCUGCCAGUUCCAAGAAGAGCAGAACACGAGGAGCAAAAACUUCCGCCGCAAGAUUCAUGACAUGGAGCACAUCUUCUUGAACGCCACAAAGAGCCAGAAGCUUAUCUCACUCAGCAGCACCCUGCACCGGGAGCUGCUCAGCUACGUUGACGUCAUCCAGUUGUCCCUGCGCAGCUUCCGCCAGUAUCUGGAGGAGAGCCUGGGCAAGCUUCGCUUCAGCAACAUUGAGUUUAUCAAGCACUGCAGGUUGUUUUCAGAGGGAGGCAACUUUUCUUCUGAGGAAAUCAACUCACUGUGUCAUCGACUGGAGAAGGAAGCUGCCCGGAUAGAGUUUGUUGAAAGUUUAAUCAUGAUCAACAUGGAGAAGAUGGAGAGCGAAUACCUGGACCAGGCUAAUGAGGUCAUCAGCAAGUUUGAAAGUAAAUUCCACAACCUGACUGUGGACCUUAUUUUCAUAGAGAAAAUCCAGCGGUUGCUGACCAAUCUGCAAGUGAACAUCAAGUGUGAGGUGGCAAAAUCUAACUUGCAAACAGAUGGAUUAAAUUCUUCUCUGGAACAGCUUCAAAGCAAGAUUCAAACAUGCCGAAUCUCAAAGGGAGAUAAAACAAUGGUAAUCACAGAAGACCUCCUUGGCCUUGUUGGAACUUGGAAGGAAAAACUGAGCCAGCGGAUUCAGUACCUCAACUGCAAGCUGGACCUGGUGUCCAUGACUCAGAUGGUCUUUACUGACAUCUUGACCAACCUAGAGGUAGAGAGUGACAUCCUGGUGUCUUCAGAAGCCCAUGAAGAAGAGGCCAAGGUUGAUGUGGUCAACCCCGAGUCCUUCACCCAGCCAAGCCGCAUGGGGAAGUCCAUGAUUGAGGACCCAGCUGUGGAGGUGGUCAAGAGAAUCCUACAAUUUCCUGACUCAAGAUGUUUAACCCAGCAUUGUGACAAAGAUCGGUCCCAGACAGCCUUGAGGAGACACCGGAACUGGGGAGAAUGCUCCGUGAAGAAGGACGUGUCCAUCGCCAGUGCUGUGUCAGCAGCAAGCGUCUCACGGUACUCCAAGCCCAACCGACUGGACAGAAAGUACCAGGUGCUCGGGGACAAGCCACCUCCUCCGGCUGAGGAUUUUAAAGGCAUCAUCCUGAGCCUCCUCUGGGAGAGCAACGAGCACCUGCUGAACGUCGUGGAGGACUUUUACCGCAAAGAGAAGCGCCCAGUUGCCAGGCCUGACUUCAUGUUCGAUACUUUCGACCAGUGCGCAGAGAACAUUGGCAGGAAGAUCCUGGAGUACCACAGCCAGGCAGAGGAGUACCACAACUCCUGUCUCAUAGAAUUACGGGCCCAGAUGAGAAGAUUUGAGGAGCUGCUGCCCCAGGUGUGUUGGCAGGUGAUGGAGAAUUUCAAGGAGCACCACUGGAAAAAAUAUUGUGCCUCCACCGAAGAGAUCCGGGGACAGUUCCACAAGUAUCAAGAACAGCUGGAGAAAAGGAAGGAUGAAAAUGCCCAGAAGCUCCAUCCAAAUCUUGGACACCCCGCACAUUUCCAAGAAAUGAAGUCUCUAUGUCAAGUGGAAGAGAAGAGGCAGAAAGAGUUGGACACUUUGAUUGCAGCGACCAAGGAGAAGCUGGAGGAAUUCACCAGGAGGUACGGCCGACUUUUCGUAGCCAGCUUGGCCACCUUCACCGAGAAGUUCCUGCUGCAGCUGGAUGAGGUGGUCACCAUUGACGAUGUCAAGGCUGCAAAGAUGGACCCCCCCAAACAGAAAACAUCGAUCCUAAUACGGAGGAAGCUCGCUGGGCUCUCCCUGGAGGAAAAGAGUGAGAAGCCCCUGAUUGAACGGGGGAGCAGGAAAUGGCCGGGAAUCAAACCCACUGAAGUCACUAUCCAAAACAAGAUUCUCCUCAAGAAAACAUCAUCGAUCACGACCACCAAAACCACGCUGGGCCACCUGGCGUCCGUGGAAGCCCGAGAUGCUGUCUACCUGAAAUAUUUAGCAUUAUUUGAAGAGGAGCUGAAGAAGAUCGAAGAUGACAACACAUUGCAGGUGAGGGAGGCUCAGUGUUGGAAGGACAGCUGGAAGCACUCCGUGCGCACCAUCCAUGGCCUGUACUUGUGACACCCUCAACCCUCCCCAAAUAAAGGCUUAUUUUGUGUGGA